AUGGGUCGUGGCUGGGUCUUCCAGCAUGACAACGACCCGAAUCACACAGCCAUGGCAACUAAGGAGUGGCUCCGUAAGAAGCAUCUCAAGGAGGGCUACCACCACCUCAUACCAAAGGAGGGCUACCACCUCAUACCCAAGGAGGGCUACCACCUCAUACCAAAGGAGGGCUACCACCUCAUACCCAAGGAGGGCUACCACCUCAUACCAAAGGAGGGCUACCACCUCAUACCCAAGGAGGGCUACCACCUCAUACCCAAGGAGGGUUACCACCUCAUACCCAAGGAGGGUUACCACCUCAUACCCAAGGAGGGCUACCACCUCAUACCCAAGGAGGGUUACCACCUCAUACCCAAGGAGGGCUACCACCUCAUACCCAAGGAGGGUUACCACCUCAUACCCAAGGAGGGCUACCACCUCAUACCCAAGGAGGGCUACCACCUCAUACCCAAGGAGGGUUACCACCUCAUACCCAAGGAGGGUUACCACCUCAUACCCAAGGAGGGCUACCACCUCAUACCCAAGGAGGGCUACCACCUCAUACCCAAGGAGGGUUACCACCACCUCCUACCCAAGGAGGGCUACCAUAUCCUACCCAAGGAGGGCUACCACCUCAUACCAAAGGAGGGAAUCAUCUAG